GUGUUUUGAAUCAAAAUUUAUACAAUAAUACAGAUAAAAGAUGCGAGUACUAUCAGUGAUCUUCCCUUGGUUGUUUUGCUUGUCAGUUUGUGAUGGAUAUCGUUUACUCGCACUAUUUCCCUUUCAAGGCAAGAGUCAUUUUGUUAUGUUCGAGCAGCUGAUAAAGGGUCUAGCUAGAAAGGGUCAUCAAAUUGACGUGGUCAGCCAAUUUCCAUUAAAGAAGCCUUAUCCAAACUAUACCGAUAUUGUAACAUUGCCAACACCUUUAAUAUUGGUGAACAAUAUGACGUAUGACUUAAUGUUGGAAUAUACCAGAGUGAAUCCAGCGCACAUUGUUGCGACAAUUGGAGGAAACGAUAUUUGCAAUUUCUUAAGAUAUCCAGCAAUAAAAGAGUUAUCACGACCAAAAAAUCCACCUUAUGACGCGGUGCUUAUGGAGGUUUUUGGGGCACACUGUUUCGGUAUCAUUGCCUACUUAUUAAAAGUCCCUUUGAUCGGGGUCAGCAGCUCAUCGCUAUACCCAUGGAUACCUCCGGCGAUCGCACAACCCGAGAACCUGGCCUUCGUGCCGAACAAUCUCUUAAGUGUCACCGGCUCUAUGAAUUUCUGGCAACGUCUGUAUAACACUGUGCACACGGUCUACGACAAAUGGUAUUUCGAUUAUCUCACGAGACAGGAUCAAGACAGGUUGAUAAGGGAGAACUUUGGCUCAGACAUGCCGGGAGUACGAGAAUUGGAGAAGAAGCUGUCGCUGGUCCUUAUCAAUUCUCAAAUCGCGUUAAAUGGAAUACAGCCGAAGACACCUGCCGCGGUGGACGUGGGGGGACUUCACAUCCAAGAUGAGGACCAAACGAUACAGCCUGAAUUAGAAAAGUGGUUGAACGAUAGCAAAAACGGCUUUAUAUAUUUCUCUUUUGGGUCAAUGGUCAUAAUCGAGACAUUUCCACGCGAGUUUCUGAGGAUUCUUUACGCCUCCUUGGGCAAAAUAGCACCUGUACGAGUUUUAAUGAAGAUACCAACACCAGAGAAUCUACCACCCGGUUUGCCUGAAAAUAUUCAUAUGUCUCCUUGGAUGCCACAGAUAAAGAUAUUGAAACAUCCUAAUAUAAAAGCCUUUAUCACACAUGGUGGACUCAUGGGCGCGCAGGAAGCAAUAACGUAUGGUGUUCCCAUGAUCGGUAUACCGCUCUUCGCCGAUCAGUUUAUCAACAUUGAUACGUACGUUGCCAGAAACAUUGCUUUGCGACUGGACCUUGAGACGAUUACCGAAAAAAGCAUGGACGCAGCCUUAAACGCAAUCUUAUGGGAUCCUCUGUAUAGAGAAACUGCACGUAAUCUGUCUCGACAAUUCCUCGAUCGACCAUUGAAUACUCUCGACACCGCUAAUUAUUGGAUCGAGUAUGUCAUCAAGUACGGCGAAAAUUCUCUGCGAUCGCCCGCGAUGGAUCUAACCUGGUGGCAAUUAUAUCUCAUCGAUGUAAUCGGAUUUCUCGUGUUUUGUGUUGUAAUUGUUAUCGUUGUAAUUGUAUUCAUUGUACGAUUUAUGUUGAAAAUAAUUAAAAAUAAUAGUUCGUCAUAUUCAAAAAAGAUAAAUAAGAUGCGAGUGUUAGCAGUAAUUUUUUUUUUGUUAUUUCUGUGCUUGUCAGUAUGUGAUGGAUAUCGUUUUCUCGGACUAUUUCCCUUUCAAGCCAAGAGUCAUUUUGUUAUGUUUGAGCAGUUGAUGAAGGGCUUGGUCAGAAAGGGUCAUCAGGUUGACAUGGUCGGCAAGUUUCCGUUGAAAAAGCCUUAUCCAAAUUACACAGAUAUCGUAACACUGCCAAUAACUAUGAAUUUGGUGAACAAUAUAAGCUAUGAUUUCAUGAACCAAUUAUUAAUAUCGGCAAAUCCGACACAUACUAUUGCGACAUUAGGAGGAAACGACCUUUGUGAAUAUUUAGGAAAUCCAGCAAUCAAAGAACUGGCGCAACCAAAGAAUCCACCUUACGAUGCAGUGUUUAUAGAAGUUUUUGGUGCGCAUUGUUUUGGUAUCAUUGCUCACUUAUUGAAAGUUCCUUUGAUCGGAGUCAGCACCACAUCGUUGUACCCAUGGCUACCACCGAUGAUCGCACAAUCCGAAAACUUGGCCUUCGUGCCAAACAACUUUAUGAGUUUCCCCGGCUCUAUGACUUUCUGGCAGCGCCUGCAUAACACCGUGAGUGCGUUUUGGGACAAAUUGUAUUUCAAUUAUAUCACGAGACAGCAAGAUAAGUUGAUAAGGGAGCACUUUGGGCCGGAUAUGCCAGGCGUACGGGAAUUGGAGAGGAAGCUGUCGCUGGUACUCAUCAACUCUCACAUCGCUCUAAAUGGAAUACAACCGAGGACACCUGCCGCGGUAGACGUAGGGGGACUUCACGUUCAGGACGAGGACGAAACGUUACAGCCCGAGUUAGAGAAGUGGUUGAACGAAAGCAAAGAUGGUUUUGUAUAUUUCACCUUUGGCUCUAUGGUGAUGAUUGAGACGUUUUCACGCGAGUUUUUAAGGAUUCUCUAUGCCUCCUUAGGCAAAAUAGCACCCGUACGGGUUUUGAUGAAGAUACCAACUCCAGAGAAUCUGCCACCCGGUUUGCCUGAAAAUAUUCAUAUAUCUCCUUGGAUGCCGCAGAUUAAGAUAUUGAAACAUCCUAAUGUAAGAGCCUUUAUCACUCAUGGCGGACUCAUGGGUACGCAGGAAGCAGUGACAUAUGGUGUUCCUAUGAUCGGUAUACCGCUUUUUGCCGAUCAAUUUGUAAAUAUUGACCGAUAUGUUGCCAAAAACAUUGCCUUACGAUUGGACGUCAGCACAAUUACCGAAAAAAGCAUGGACGCAGCCUUAAACGCGAUAUUACGGGAUCCUCUGUACAAGGAUACUGCACAAAACUUAUCCCGACAAUUCCUCGAUCGACCACUGAACGCUAUCGACACGGCCAAUUACUGGAUUGAAUACAUCGUCAAGUACGGCGAAAAUUCUUUGCGAUCGCCUGCGAUGGAUCUGUCCUGGUGGCAAUUAUCUCUCGUCGAUGUAAUCGGAUUCCUUGUACUUUGUGUUGUAAUCGUAAUCGCUAUAGUUGUAUUCAUUGUACGAUUUGUGUUGAAAAUAAUCAGAAAUAGUAGUUCCUCAUAUUCAAAAAAGAUAAAUUAAUAAUGGUAAUAAUUAGAGAUAAUAACUCUACAUUUUGUCAUCUAUUUAUAUAUUUCCGUAUUUAAUAAAAUACUGACGAGCCACAAAAA